AUGGAUAUUGUAUGGCGCCAAUAUAGAGUACGUCCUGUAGCUUGAGCUUGGUUAGGUGGAUCGUACACGUAGGAAAAAAUUCGCGGUUUUAGUUUUUCCUUAAAAGUGAACUUCAAGGAAUAUAUUGAAGUUUUAUCCAUACCUCAUCUACUAUAUAACAAAUCACGAUGUCCAGAUCUGAUGAAAAGCGGUCAUUGCAAUCAACAGAAAACAUCAAGGACUACGAUACAGGAAAGCUAAAUGCAGUUGGACACACUUCUGAAGGCGAAUAUGCAGAAACAUCGAAGCUAUCCUUCCAAGAUUUACUACGAAUCCACCACAAGCAAACAGUAUGGGGUUUCCAAUUCGGCAAAGAAGCUAGGGAAAGUACUCUAGCAAGAGACAAAAAUAAGAGUAAGGAGUCUGAUUGUGACAAAUGUGACGAAAUCCAAACCAUUUUAGAUAGUGACACUGCUAGUACUAGCAGUUGUAAGAGUAUGACUGAGAAAGAUCACACCACGCCACAUAGUAGAAAACGCACGGGUGUGAGGAGAACUGGGAAAAGGAAAAAUAGUACGAAAACGAAUAAUGAUUUUGUUUCACCACAGAAAACCAGAAAAGCUCCAUUGCCGUUGAUGGAUUGGGCAGAUUCUAAAGAAGUGUGGCUGUAUAUGGUAUACAAGGAAGAAGCAUCCUUAAAUCUACGCAAUCCUUGCCUCUUUGAAGACUUUUCCAACUUCAUGCCUCGCAUGCGUGCCAUUUUAUUAGACUGGGUUAUGGAAGUAUGCGAAGUCUACCACUUACGUAGAGUUACCUAUUAUCUUUGUGUAGAUUAUUUCGAUAGAUUUUUAUCCAUAAGGCCAGAUGUACCAAAAAAUCAAUUACAAUUAGUUGGUGUAACGUGCCUAUUUUUAGCUUCAAAGUUAGAAGAGGUAUAUCCACCGAGACUAUCAGAAUUUUCUUAUGUUUGUGACGGGGCGUGUAGCCCAGACGAAAUUUUAGCGUGUGAAUUGUUAAUUUUGAAUAGUUUAGGUUGGGACUUGAAUAUUAUGACACCGAGCGAUUGGUUAAACCUUUAUAUGCAGAUACAUUUCCAGGUUGGUAAUGUAACGAGACAAAAACUGCACAUUGAUGUAAACAGAGCUUUCUUCUUUCCUCAAUACUCGGGAUAUCAGUUUACUAGAGCGUCUCAAUUAAUAGAUAUGUUAAGUUUGGAUCCCGGUUUUCUAAAGUUUAGUUACAGUACCAUAGCAGCAGCUGCUAUGUAUUUUAUGUAUGGCAAAACCGUUGCACUAACUACAUCAGGAUUAUCGUGGUAUCAGUUGCAACCAUGCGCCGAAUAUAUGGCCGUAUUCUAUCACAUAAUUCGUGAUAGUCCAGAUCCAAAACUACAAAGUUGCAAGGAUUCUCCUAUAGACGAUCAGACCAGCACAUCAUUGGAGAGCAUAAGACAUAAGGUAAAGUCUUUGGUAAAAGAUGAAAACCAUUCACUUCAAACCCAUGUAGUAAAUAUGGAGUAUUUCGAAAAGUCGGCAAUAAUAAGGCUGGAACAGAUGGGUCUGAAGGUAGAAAAAACAUAUGUACAAAAGAAGAAAGACAAAAAAUCACCAUCACCUAAAAGCAGUCCGGAGUGUAGCCGAACACAAAAUGAAGAAGCGGAUGAUCCACAAAACUAUGUAUGUAUGUAUGAAUUACAAAAAUUGUCUUGCGAAGCUGAUGUCUUGAGUGACAGCGAAGACAUAUCUAUCUCAUCACCAGAAGCGUCAGACGCCAAACUGAUAAUGCAACAAGAAGACAAAGCUGUUUUAAGCUUUGAUGAAAUUUUAGAUGGUAUUGUUAAGUGUAAUAAAAAAAAUAUCCCUGUAGUGGAAAUAGAUAGUAGUCCAGAUUUAAUAGAGAUUAAUCAGUCAGACUAGCGUUUGAUUUUUAGUAGUUAUAUAGGUUUUAACAAUUUGAGCUUUGAAUGACUUAAGGAAAUAUUUUUUAAGCGGUUAUCCUACAACAAUCUUUAUUUUCAGAAUUGAUGAUAAUUUAUGUAAUAAUUUAUUGUUAUGCAAACUUACAAAUGAAAAAAACAGGUUGAAUAGUAUUGAAUUUGGAUUUUAUGAAAAUAGAAAUAUUUAGACUAUAUUAAAUGUUCUUUCUCCUUCUAACAGAUUGCAGCUAACAAUUCACUUCUUAACAAACUGUCUGUUUUAAGAGUUACGUAGAAACAUUACGUUAUUGUACUCAUAUCUGAACUUAUCACAUAUAAGUUAAACUAUUUGAACUAUUUGAGCCACUUAUAUGCCCUUUUAUUAAAUUAUUAACCAGUUAUUCUUAUGAAUAUAAUUAUUCAGUCUAUAAGAUAAAAAAUCUAUAUGAAAUGUGUUCAUUCAUGAGUUACUUAACAGUUCAGUUCUUUUUUAUUCUGUUACGGUAUCAUGUGAAAUCAAAAAGGCCAUAAAAUUAUCUUAUUGCUCUAUAUAUCUAAAUUAUAGUAUAUGGUUGGAUUAGAGUGAAGGAUACAUACACUAAGCAUCAAAAUUAACGCACCACCUUAAAAAUGGGACAUUUUUGAUGUCUCGUAUUUCCUAAACGUGCUGUCCGAUUUGAGUGAUUUUUUAGUAUAUUAUAGCUUUAUUCUUCAAGAAUAUCGAUGUAAUAAUAUUAUUGCUAAAGAGGUAAGUGUCAUUGUAUACCGGGUGUAACAAUGAUAGUGUGUUUUUUCCUCAAAGUUUGGAACACCCUGUGGAAUAAUUCUAGCGUAUAUAAAAUAUUGAAAUUAAAACUCAACUGUAGCCUUAGGCUUUUUUAACAUUUUGCUUUUUGAUUCAUUCGCUUAUGUUG